GCUAGCUAGCUCAAACACUUUCAUACUCCUACCAUAUGCUAGUGUAGUUUCAUUGCUUCAAGUCUUACUUUCCUUGGCGGGGAUUGACUAAUAAGGUGUUAACUAUCUCGAUCAUAUUGUUCCUCAGCAUGGCAAUAAGUUCGAUCACCAUUUUUGGGGUCCUAGGCAACAUUAUGUCAGGAUUAGUCUACCUUUCUCCUGCAAAUGUAUUUGUGAGAAUCGCCAAGCGUAGGUCGACUGAGGAAUUUGAGAGCAUUCCUUAUGUUAGCAAACUGUUGAAUGCCUACUUCUGGGUUUACUAUGGAUUUAUUAAGCCUAACAGCGUGCUCGUAGCAACUGUCAAUGUUUUUGGUGCUGCCGUCGAGAUUGUUUUUCUCACCAUAUUUCUACUUUUUGCACCUCCGAGGAUGAAGAUCAGGACUGCCAUACUAGUUGUAGUUCUCGAUGUGGCGUUUCCAGGAGUGACGAUUUUGCUUACUCACUUUCUGCUAGACGGGGAUACAAGGAUCGAUGUUGCUGGAAUCUGGUGUGUAAUUUUCAGCAUGAUUGCAUAUGCUUCCCCUCUUUCAGCUAUGAAAACUGUUGUGGCGUUAAAGAGUGUGGAGUACAUGCCCUUCCUUUUAUCUUUCAUCCUUUUCCUUAAUGGAGGAGUCUGGACACUGUAUGCCAUUCUUGCAAAGGACUUGUUUGUUGGAAUUCCAAAUGGAAGUGGAUUUUUACUCGGAACUGCUCAGCUGAUUCUCUAUUUCAUAUACUGGAAACCGAAGUCAUCAAAGCAAGAAUCUGAGGAUCAACAGAUAACUGAAUCACUCGUAUCUAAUCCUUCACCGGUUUAAAGAUUGGAUAUGAAGAGAACUUGAUCCUGCGCCCGCGCGCAUAUGAUUUGUUGGCAGUUUUUCUGAUAUAAUCUAUAAUUUUUUGCCCUUCUUUACACAUUACUGAUUGAGUUUGAGACGAGUGGAUCUCAGAUCGAAAAUAUAAAGUUGUUGUAAUUCUACGUGUUUAUCA